ACUGUAGUUUUUAAUGCCUUUUUUAAAUUGCCUUUUUUGAAGCUCUCUCAUUCACCUUUCACUCAUCAACUGGAACGCAAGCCACCGGCGGAGAUAAAAAAUGCGCUACUGCGAUGGUGCCAGUUGAAGACGGCCAGCUAUCCACAGAUUAACAUUAUCAACUUUACAACCAGUUGGAGUGAUGGAUUGGCGAUGUGCGCCCUUCUGCAUCGUCAUCGUCCUCAACUCCUUGAUUUUGCCACCCUCGCAUCGACAUCAACGUCACCGAUCAAGCGCCUUGCAAAGGCCUUCACGUUGGCCAAAGCGGCCUUUCAAAUACCCACAAUUAUCAAUCCAGCUGACUUUAUUGCUUGUUGUAAUGAUGAGCAAUGUGUGGUGACUGUGGUCGCCACUUGGUACUAUCGGUUAAACGAGGCGAGAGGCUUUAAGAAGUCGGUGUCUCGUCUAGCCGCAGUACUCGACAGAGCAGUGGCCUCGAGUCGACGAAUGAUGGAAUACGUGUUGAAGGUGACUGCUCUUCGACGAUGGAUGAAAACCAAUUUGCGUUAUCUUGAAGACUUGACCAAUGGCAUAGACACCCACCAAAUCUCCACCAAGCUUACUAUGUGGCGUGAAAGUGAGAAAAAGGCGAAAAUGAAGGAUCUGGCACAAAUUGAGUUCGAGUGGUUGUUGUUAAGGAUGGAAAAAGUUGCAUGGGGUUAUUCUUCGCCCUCGCCAGCCCCACGAUUUGCCUAUCCAACAGUGUAUAGAAUCUGGAAACAAAUUGAUGAAGCCGAAAUGGAAUGCGUGAGACGAGUUUGUCGGGACUUUGAAGUGCAGUCCCAAAAAAGGCAGUUGUUGGAUAAAUUUUACAAAAAAGUUAAACUUCAUAAGCACUGGCUUCUUGAAUGCAAUCACAUGGUUGAGUUGGCAGCUCAAAGGGAUGCUCGAGGGGUUCAAAGUAGCCUUCAAACUAAUCCCAAAGACGGCUAUUUAUCCGCUGCCGUGAUUAAUCAUGAACGAGGUCUCGUUCAGAGGAGCGUGGAGAGGAAUGCGCUUAUGCGUGUCGAUGCAGAGGUGCAUCACAAUCAAAAAAUGCAACUCCUUCUUCACCUACAUCCCACCGACCUCAUUCUUCGUCAAAUUCACAAACACUGGAACCUAUUGACCGACACCUUCCAUCGACGCGAAGAAGGUCUGUUGACUCAACUCAGGUGUCUUGAUAGACUUCAUGAAUUGACAAGCCUGAGGGAGGAGAUGGAAGCAAUUUGGAGGCGCGUGUCCACCCUCCAUCCCCCUGAAAGCAGCCUUCACCUUUGGAAGGCACGAGCCCUCAUUGCAGCCGACAAAGUGGCUUCUCGACCAGUCGAGUGGACUUUCAUUGACCAAACAAGGAAUGAAUGCAUUUUUAGUCGGUGUUAUUCCCAAUUUUGGGCUGUUAAUUGGACAGUCCAGUGUAUUCUCCUUUGCUAUCACAAAUUCUUCGUCAAGGUUGAACACAUUUCCAAUCUUCAACGCAGAAUUUGCAACUCCUUAGCCAUCAUCAAGGUAAGGCGAUAA